GCGGCGGCUCCCCCAUGGCAGCGGCGGGGCCCGCGGCGGCCGCGGCUCCCGCUCGGCUCCAGGCGGCGGCGGCGGCGGCGGCGGCGGCGGCGGGGGGGAGCCGCGGGCCCCCCCCUCGGAGGCAGCCGGCGGUCGCCAUGGCAGCGCGGCGCAGGUGAGACCCCAAAGCCCCCGGGGGGUUCGGAGCCCCGCCGCGAUGGCCUCGCCGGCCGUCAGCCCCGACUCGUCGUCGCACGAAGCCCUCUCCUCCGUCAACUCGGCCCCGGCCUGCUCGCCCACCUCCGACUCGGAGAACCUCAGCCCCGACGAGCUGGAGCUGCUGGCCAAGCUGGAGGAGCAGAACCGGCUGCUGGAGGCCGACUCCAAGUCGAUGCGCUCCAUGAACGGCUCGCGAAGGAACAGCGGCUCCUCCUUGGUCUCCAGCUCCUCGGCCUCCUCCAACCUCAGCCACCUGGAGGAGGACACCUGGAUCCUCUGGGGCCGCAUCGUCAACGAGUGGGACGAGUGGCGGAAGAAGAAGGAGAAGCUGCUCAAGGUGCGGGGGGGGCGGUGCAUUGCUUUCGCUCGAUUCCGAGCCGACGGAAAGCCGAUUUCUCAGGUUUUUCACCCCAUUUCUCCCCAGGAGCUCAUCCGCAAAGGGAUCCCCCACCACUUCCGCGCCAUCGUCUGGCAGCUGCUGUGCAGUGCCACCGACAUGCCCGUCAAAAACCAGUACUCGGAGCUGCUCAAGAUGUCCUCGCCCUGCGAGAAGCUGAUCCGCCGCGACAUCGCCCGCACCUACCCCGAGCACGAGUUCUUCAAGGGCCAGGACAGCCUGGGCCAGGAGGUGCUCUUCAACGUCAUGAAGGCUUAUUCGCUGGUGGACCGGGAGGUCGGAUACUGCCAAGGCAGCGCCUUCAUCGUGGGACUGCUGCUCAUGCAGAUGCCCGAGGAGGAGGCCUUCUGCGUGUUCGUCAGGCUGAUGCAGGAGUACCGCCUGCGGGAGCUCUUCAAACCCAGCAUGGCCGAGCUGGGGCUCUGCAUCUACCAGUUCGAGUACAUGCUGCAGGAGCAGCUGCCGGAGCUGAACAUCCACUUUCGGUCGCAGAGCUUCCUCACCUCCAUGUACGCCUCGUCCUGGUUCCUCACCCUCUUCCUCACCACCUUCCCCCUGCCCGUGGCCACACGCGUCUUCGACAUCUUCAUGUACGAGGGGCUGGAGAUCGUCUUCCGCGUGGGGAUGGCUCUGCUGCAGUUCAACCAGGCCGAGCUCGUCCAGCUGGACAUGGAGGGCAUGUCCCAGUACUUCCAGAAGGUGAUCCCGCACCAGUUCGACAGCUGCCCCGACAAGCUCAUCCUCAGGGCCUUCCAGGUCAAGUACAACCCCAAGAAGAUGAAGAGGCUGGAGAAGGAGUACGCUGCCAUCAAGAACAAGGAGAUGGAGGAGCAGAUCGAGAUCAAGCGCCUCCGCACCGAGAACCGCCUGCUGAAGCAGCGCAUCGAAACCCUGGAGAAGGAGAGCGCGGCUCUCGCCGACAGGCUCAUCCAGGGCCAGGUGACGCGGGCGCAGGAGGCGGAGGAGAACUACAUCAUCAAGCGGGAGCUGGCGGUGGUGAAGCAGCGCUGCUCCUCCGCCACCGAGAACCUGCAGCGCGCCCAGAGCACCAUCCGCCAGCUGCAGGACCAGCAGGGGAACCCACGGUUCAGCGAGGAGUUUGUCACCCACCUGGAGACGGAGCUGGAGCAGUCGCGGCUGCGGGAGAGCGAGACGCUCGGCGCCCUGAAGGAGAUGCAGGACAAAGUGCUCGACAUGGAGAAGAGGAGCAGCCUCCUGCCGGACGAGGACAACGUGGUGAGGCUGCAGGAGGAGCUGCAGGCGCUGGCGCUGCGCGAGGCCGAGGCCGUCAAGUCCCUGACGGAGCUGCAGCAGCAGGUGAAGGACCUCAGUGACAGCUGGCAGGCGGGCCGUGCGGGGGGGCGCUGGAAGGAGUCCCCGCGGCGCAGCAACGCCAACGCGCUGCAGGACGCGGUGCUGGCUGCACGCCUGCGCGAGGCACAGGCCCAGGCUGAGCUGCGGGCGCUGCGGCAACGGGUGCUGCAGCUGGAGACACAGGGCCAGAUCCAGCGCACGGUGCUGGGCCGUGCCGAGCAGACGUGCGCGGGGCUGCGGGAGCAGCUGCGGCUGGCGGCCGCGCAGAGCAAGGGGCUGCAGGCGCAGCUCAGCGAGAGCCACCGCAAGCACGCCGAGGCCCAGUGCAAGAGCAAGGAGGAGGUGAUGGCCGUGCGGCUGCGCGAGGCCGACAGCAUGGCUGCCCUGGCUGAGAUGCGGCAGCGCGUGGCCGAGCUGGAGAUCCAGAGGGAGGAGGGGAUGCUCCAGGGGCAGCUCAACCACUCGGACGCAGCGCAGUACAUCCGGCAGCUCAAGGACCACAUCGACGAGCUCAAGGCCGAGAUCCGGCUGCUGCGGGGCCCGCUGGCGUUCGGGGCGGUGGGGCUGUGCCGGCGGCUGGGGGACGAGGACUCGCUGGGCUCCUCGGACGAGGAGCUGCCCCCCCCCUUCGCGCUGCCCCGCGGGGACCUCGGGGACCUCGGGGACAUGGGGGACAGCAGCGACAGCGACGCCGAGGGGGCCCCCCCGGCCCCUGAGCCGUGCCCGGGACCUCGGGGACCCGCUGGGGACACUGCGGGGGGGGCUUCGGGGACACCGCAGGCGCCCCCGACCCUUGGGGACAAAGAGGGGACAAAGAGGGGGACCGCCAGCCCGGGGCACCCAGGGGACGUGCGGGGACACCCGGGGACCCACAGCACCCAGGGGACACAGAGGGACACUUGGGGACAUCGGGGGCACGCAGGGGACAUGGGGGGGGGGCACAUGGGGACACCCACAGCACCCAGGGGACUCUUGGGGACACCCAGGGGACACCGAGGACCCCCCGGCAUGGCCCUGAUCCUGCCCUCCCCCUUGUGUCCCCCCCCAUUUGGACCCCAUGGAAAAAGAACCGAGAGGUGCUGGGGGCCCUGAAACCCUGCGGAGUUGCCCCAAAAUGUUGUGCCCCCCCCCCAAAAAAAAAAAGAAAAAAAAAAAGGAAACAAAAAACCA